CACACACACACACACACACACACACACACACACACACACACACACACACACACACACACACACACACACACACACACACACACACACACACACACACACACACGCUCUCUUACGGGAGUUUCAUCUUGCAGCAGUGACGCACUGUGAGCUCACUUUGCCAGCUCAGUGUUUAUGUCUUUUUUUUCGCACACACACACACACACACACACACACACACACACACACACACACACACACACACACACACAGAGAGCGAGCGGAGAGAGCGGAUCCUGAGAGAAGGGGAAUCCUCGCUUACCGGCUUUGUGGUUUGCAUCCACCGUCUGUUAAAUGACACCUGGCAGCUCGGUGCAGCCGAUGACGCUCGUCCUCGAACAUUGAUUUCAUCUCCUAAUAUUCACAAAAACGAUCAUAUGAACAUAGUAGAAUACAUUGAAGAAGAUGAGGAACCACCUCUGCUGCUCAGCUCUUGUCCUUCUCACGGUGUUUGGCUGUGGGGGGACUGCAGCAGUGCAGUGUCGGUGGGGGGAAGGAUGUGUGUGUCUCCAAUGCCCUGCUGGCCGGGAGCCUUCCAAGGCUUGUGGUCAAAUCCAGAGCCCAACGGAGGAAGUGCAGUGUCAGUUGUGCCCCUCUGGGAGCUUUUCAGACACAUUGGACGCUGAGCUUUGCCGGCCACACGCGUCCUGCGGGACGCUCGGCCGUAAGGUUGCAACCCCUGGCACCGAGACCUCACAGGCUGUCUGCGGGGACUGCCUGCCCGGGUUUCACUCCACUGCCACAGAAGAAACCUCCACCCAAAGGCUGUGUGUGAAAACCUUGCGCGCUCGAGCGGUGCGCACAGUGGGCAAAGGGUCACCGGGCGCUGCAGGAGGGCCGGUCAAUGGCACGGUGGUGAGAAGCGCCGAGGAGAAGACCGCAGAGUACGCCGUGUUUGCUUUGGUCCCCAUCUUCUGCGUGAUGGGCCUGUUGGGUAUCCUCAUCUGCAACAUCCUGAAGAAGAAAGGAUACCGCUGCUCCGCCGACAAAGAGGGAGGAGACGAAGAAACCGCCACACCGGAGAAAGAAGGUAACAACUGUCCCUACAUAUCUGACGACCUGAAUGAAGACACCAUCAGUGUUCUGGUUCGUCUCAUCACUGAGAAGAAAGAAAAUGCUGCUGCGCUGGAAGAAUUGUUGCUGGAGUACGAGAGCAAGCAGAUGGCCUCGAGCAAAGCCUCGUCAAUCAAGUUCCCGGUGCUGUCUCCUCUGUCCACCUUCCGCUCCCUCCCCAGGCUGUGCCCCCAUCAGUCCCACCUUCACACCAUCUCUGGGCUCUCUGGCCUGGCGCCCAAACACGGCUACCGCUGCACCCGCUGCGCCCAGAAGAAGUGGCCCGCUAUCCUCAUACCUCCCCUGGAUUCCCUCAGAGAUCCCCUCAAGUGUCCCCAGAGCCUGAUGCUGCCUUCCCUGGACAAAUACCCCGACCAGCAGAAGAGGCCCCUGCUGGAGGAGGUGUUCGGCGACACCCACCACACGCAGGCUGUUGUGCCAAACACUGUACCGGAGCACACGGAAGGGAGCGAAGUGAAGGGGGAGGAAGUUGGGGAGCCGACCGUGUUGUCCGUGGGGAGGUUUCAAGUCGCUCAGAUACCAGAGCAGAAGCCCCUCAAAGCUGAAACCAAAUCAUCAACCCAGGAGCAACGCAACUCCCUCUUUGGAGGGAAACCGUUCUGUUCGUCUUCAUCAACGGGCAUCAGGAGGUGAAAAGUCGGUGAGACGAUGUAUUAUAACGCUACCUUGCUGAAUAUGACCUCAUCAUUCACUGGCAACUUGACAGCCGGCAAGACGACCCACAUGGACCCACCUCGUCCUGGACAAAGUUGUUUGUAUUCACGCGAUGAGAUGAAUAGAACUGUAUUUAUUAUCAGAUAAAAAGGUAAUUCUACUUGACUGAUGUAUCAGACGUAACAUCGUAGAGGUUCAACUCCAAUCACACCAGUGUCCCAGUAGACAGAGAGAGAGAGAGUGAGGAGUAACUGUGAUAAAAUAUUGCCAAUGUCUAACAGAUGGAGGGAGAAAGAAGAGGAGUUUGGAUCAUAUAAAAGUGCAUUCUCAGACACUUUGUGCUUCCAUGUAAAAAAAGAAAUAACAGACACAAGGGUAAAGCACAAAUAGGUGAACCCAAGAGUGAAACAAACAUUUGUACAUUAGAAAAACGUCAAACCAAAUUGUCUGUGAUCAAGUGCCAUAAGAACUGUAAGACUAUCAAAGAUUUCAUUACCAAGCUAUCUGGUUUGGCAGAAAUAGAAACCUUCAGGAUUUUGGUCAUAAGACACUUCAUGUAAGAGCACAGUACUCUUAGAAGGACAAAAUGUCAUAACAUUGCAUAUCAUUUUGUUGAUAUAAAUAUGUUUUAAUAGUUAAGUUAUCCAGCUCCGCUAUUCUGCUCACAUCUUCUUGUGAGUUGAGGUUUUAGACCCUGGAUAUGUUGAAUGUAGACUUAACAGAAGACGCUCUCACUGAACCUUUGAGUUUGAGAAGCAUUCAUUUAGCGAUGCACCCCCUACUCACAGUUAGCAUUAAUCAUUAUAUUUGCAAACUCGAAGCUACUAGACCAGGUCCAAGACGGUGAUCAGGGGCCAAAAUGUUCUCCCCAAACUAUAUCAGAGCAUGUUUUAUACAACACUACUUUCCAAUGGCAGUUAGAGGCUGCUACUGUCCAGUCCAAGCAUGAAGAUAAAAGAGAUAUCAAUUUCGUAGUAUAGACCAUGUAAAUGAAUGUGCAUAUGUAAAUAUGGGUGGGUAUAUUAAAACAGUUCUGGCUUUUAGCAUACAGUAGUCUGUAUGAGGUGAAAGACAACUGCGCUGCACCAAUAAGUGUCCAUCAGUAACAAACAUAAACUCACACACACCAUCAUGAAUAUAAACAGAUUCUGGUUAAACUCAAUAUAAUAUACAUGCUGUUUUCCCCUGCAAUUUGAGUGGCUGCAGUGGAUUAGUGGAUGAAAUGCCUCAAAGUCAUGCAGCUCACCUGACUUCAGUUUACAUUCUUCUGGAUUUAUUAGAGUUUAUUAUUAUUAUCCACUCAUAUUUCUUAUUAUGUUUAUGAAUUUAACAUGUCUGGAGGACCGGAUAUUUAUUGGCACCAGCAGUCACACAUUUUCAUUCAAUCUGUUUGUACUACUAUUAUUGGGUUUAUUAUUUAAUGUUUUCAAGCUGAAGGGUUGCCAGUAGGAAGGAAGCAUUCAUCUCAUUGACUUUGUAGGGUGCAUUUAUAAUAUAACAUUUUUCUGUAUGACGUUUUUACUCUUGAAAUAAAGAAGAGAUGUAUUUUAAA